AAGAUUGGGAAGACAAUGAAGAAGAAAGAUGGUGAAUGCUACUCCUCUAUGUGCUAACGGUUGUGGCUUCUAUGGUUCAGCGGAGACCAAGAAUUGUUGUUCCAAGUGUUACAAAUUAGAGCUGUUCAAACAAGAGCUUUCCAACUCGGCCAAAACAAACGAUCCUACUUCAGCUACACCAAACCCUUGUAACAAGAAGCUAGGUUUAAUGGGUUUCACGUGUCGGUGUGGCAAAGUUUUCUGUCAGGUUCACCUAUAUCCCAUGGUGCAUUCAUGCCAGUAUGAUUUCAAGAAGGCUGAUCGCCAAAUUUUACCUAAACAAAACCCUGUUAUAAAAGGGUGA